AUGGCCGCUUUGCAUAAUAAAAUGUCCCAAACAUCUCGGGAGCUGGCUGAACUCAAGAGACGACAAGAAGAGCCUGGAUUUGUUGGGCCCAUCGCAGGUAGAGAGAGACAAACGCAACUGUACGUUCCAAUCCCCAGGGAAGUCGGAAAACUAAUCUCGAAUCCGACUGUAUCAGAACUCGACGUCAGCUCAACCCCAAACUGCCAUCUAUGUGUAAUCGACUUAAGCAGUGGUACACAUUUUUUGAUAGAUACGGGGGCAAAGGUGUCUGUGCUUGCAGUCCAAAAUCUAAAGGUCGCUGCCGACGUAAGCGCGUACAGCUUACACGGUGCUAAUGGAACCCCAAUACGGCGAGAAAAUACUAACAUAUACCUCAACUUAGGACUAAGACGUGUUUUAAAUUUGGACAUUCAUAGUGACCGAUGUACGACGUUCCAUCAAUUGCGCUGA